UUUACAUUUAUUAGCCAUUUGAAUUUCUUUUUCUUUGAAUUGCCUGUUGGUAUCCUUCGCCCAUUUUUCUAUUGGGUUGUUCUUCCUUGUUUGUUUACACGCUUGUGUGUCUUACCCCGGGAGCUCAUUGGAGACAAGGACUGUAUGUAUCUCAAUUCUUUCUCUAUCCCCAGCCUAACACAGUGUUUGGUAUUUAAUUCAUGAAAUGUUUGUUAAAAUUGAAAUGUAUGAACUUAAUUCGUCCUUAUAACCCUUUGGAGACUUUAACAUUAUUACUUCUAUUUCACAGAUGAGGAGCUUGAGACACAUAGGUUGAGUAAUUUGCAGUCACACUACUGCUAAGUAUCAAGCCUUCUAAUUCUAAACCAGGGAUUUACUGAAAUAGUCCUCCAUCUCCUCUUGAGAUGUUUGUCUAAGCCCUGUCUUCAGGAUAUCAACUGAGUAUUUUAAGUUUAUUUAAAGUUGGCAAAGACCUCCCCUAAGCGCACGCGUCCUUUCUUUUUCCCACGGUAGGAAAAAAAGUGCUUCCCCUUUUCCUUCCGCGUUAACCUCUUUUGGCCCCACCGACUCGCCAUCAUCCGUGCGGAGGCGUUCGCUAGCUAAGGUGAUGGCGACUGGAACACCGGAUUCGCAAGCGCGCUUCGGUCAGUCCGUGAAAGGGCUUCUCACCGAGAAGGUGAACACCUGUGGUACUGAUGUGAUCGCGCUCACCAAGCAGGUGCUGAAGGGCUCCCGGAGCUCCGAGCUGCUAGGUCAGGCAGCUCGAAACAUGGUACUACAGGAAGAUGCCAUCUUGCACUCAGAGGAUGUAAGAAACAAUUUCUUUUGUGACUUGGGUUUCAUAUACAUAGUUUGGCUACAGAGAAGUGGAAUGUUCUGUUACUUUUUUUUACUUUUUUUUUUAAAUGCAGAGUUUAAGGAAAAUGGCAAUAAUAACAACGCAUCUUCAAUACCAGCAAGAAGCUAUUCAGAAGAAUGUUGAGCAGUCAUCAGAUCUACAGGACCAGUUGAAUCACCUGUUGAAAUAGAAUAGCAUGUAACAGUGCAAAAUCCUAAUGAUGAGGAGGAAAUACCUUACUACAACCAUCAUGCCAUGGGUUGAUUUUCCACUUUCUUCUCCAAAAGCUAAGUUAGAAAAGAUUUGUGAUGAUGUACAUUUUGUCCUGAACAGAAGCUAGGUGGCUGAAUUUUGGAAGCACUUCUUGAAUUGGACCAAUCCAUGCUCUUAGUGAAAUUUUAAGUUGUUCUGUUUAGUUUGAUAUUAAAGUAGAAUUAAAAGAUGUCUUAGUUUUUCCUAUGGAACUCUUAAUAUGUUGAAAGUCAUAAUGCCUAAAUUUUAUUCUCAAGCAAACACUGAAUAAUGUUUUUAAUCCAGAAGUAUAGCUUCUAAUGUGAACACAUAAGAAAGGUAAUAUUAUUUGCAAAGACCGUCUUUUUCUUUUAAUCAUGCAUUCAAGAAAUAAUUUUAUGGUCACAGAAUGGUGCUGAGUAAUACCUGUUAUUUUCCUUUCUUUUCUAGUAAUUCAGAGGAGAUAUUUAUUUUAUUUGUUGCAGCAAAUUUUGAUUUAGCUUCAACUUAGCUUAGAUGAGAACUAGCGUAAUGGAACCAUAUCUGGCAGCUGCAACCUCCUGCCUUGACCUGCAUUCCUAGGAUUUCUUUGUUGUUGUGACUCUUAAGAUUAAGUGGCCUUGGGUUCACUUAGUAAUUUUCUUUAUCAUCAGCACAUUCAUUUGUAUGACAUUAUUGCCAAAUGUGAAGGUAGUUGAGUUACUGUGAGUGACUGUGGCAUAGGGUUGCGCCGUAAGCUUGUGAAGGCCUUAUGUUUGUAGACAUUUACUGUGUUUAUUAGAUUCAUUUUGUUAAAUGGCAUAACCACUAGUCUGUUGUCAAAUCUGGAUAUUUUUUCUUUGUUUGAAUUGAAAAUAGGACUCUGUCCUCUUCUAGUUCAGUUCUAACUAAUCCUGAGGAGGAAAUAUCUUACUACAGAGCUGACAUAAGAAAAUCAUGCUUUCACGGAAAGAAGAGAAAGCAAAUAAAAGUCCCAUUUAAUUCAUAUUGUGUAUCACCAAGUCAGCUAAGCAAAUAAGAUUGCAUUUGUCUCUCAUUAUAUGUGUGUACAUGUACUUAAGGUUAAAAAAAUUAAGAGUGAAGAAUUCGAAAAUUCAUUUAUGCAUUCAUUCCACAGAGGUCUAUUAUAAUUACAAAAUGUAAAUGGGCUCAAUUUAUCUUUAAAAAGAAGAGUCACCCAAUUUAGAAAAUAAAACAAAAUUUAAUUAUGCAGGUAUAUAAGAUGCAAAUACUUUAAAUGAAAAAAAAUUAAAAUGAAGGUAUGGUGUAUUUUUUUCAUGCUGGAACAAAUGUUGAAAAAGCAGCGAUUGCUUACAUUGUAUCUGAUAAAGUAAAUUUCACAAUCAAAAUUUAAAGGUAAAAGUUACAUUAAAUAAUGAAAACCUAGUAGUACUGAAUUUACUCAUUUUAAAGACCAUAAUACUAAAAUACCGUAGUCCCCCCUUAUCCAUGAUUUCGCUUUCCGAGGUUUUAAUUCCACGGUCAAUUUGCGGUCCGAAUAUAUUUAAUGGAAAAUUCUAGAAAUAAACAGUUAAUAAAUUUUAAAUUGCA